AUGUCUCCACACCACGUUGAUCUUGAGGUAGAUGGCUUGAAGAUCAAGAUUGCCAUCGACAGAGGUGGCACAUUCACGGACUGUUUGGGUAUUGUUGAGGGCCGAGAAGAUGACAUUGUCGUCAAGCUCCUGUCUCAAGAUCCUCAGAAUUAUGAAGACGCACCUAUCGAGGGCAUUCGACGUAUCCUGGAGCAGGCUACGGGCAAGCCUUAUCCGAGGGAUGAGAAGUUGAACAUCUCUGGCUUCUCGGAGUUUUCCAUCCGCAUGGGAACCACCGUUGCCACGAAUGCCCUGCUGGAACGGAAAGGCGAGCGAGUGGCGCUUGUCAUUACGAAAGGUUUCGCCGAUUCCCUACGGAUAGGCAAUCAAUCCCGACCUGAUCUCUUUGCACUCAAGAUUGUGCGGCCCGAUGUUCUUUACCAAGACGUCGUCGAGAUUGAUGAGAGGGUCACAAUCGAAGACUACCAGCAGAACCCGUUCCGAGAUGACGACAAGAUAGCUGCUGCAUUGGAGACAGACCCGGACCUGGUAAAGGGGUUGAGUGGGGAAGUCAUCAGAAUUUUGAAGAAGAUCGACGAAGAUCAGGUCAGAGAGGACUUGCAGCGACUCUAUGAUCAAGGCUACCGCUCUAUUGCCGUUUGCCUCGUGCAUUCAUACACCUUCCAAGAUCAUGAGUUGGCCAUCCAGAGAAUUGCAAGGGAAAUUGGCUUCCCGCAAGUUUCACUCUCAAGCCAGUUGUUGCCAAUGAUCAAGAUGACCUCUCGUGGAAUCUCAUGCACUGCCGACGCCUACCUCACUCCAGUAAUCAAACGCUAUGUGGAAGGCUUCCGGGAAGGCUUUUCUGAUGGCCUACAAUCUGAAAACUCGCGCUGCGAAUUCAUGCAAAGUGACGGCGGUCUCGUUAGCUACGACAAAUUCUCUGGCCUCCGAGCCAUCCUUUCUGGGCCUGCUGGUGGUGUUGUCGGCCAUGCACGCACAUCUUUCGAUCCCGCCGAUCCCACGCCAGUCAUUGGCUUCGACAUGGGUGGCACUUCGACGGAUGUCUCACGAUAUGACGGCAAGCUUGAGCACGUCUUCGAGAACACAACUGCAGGCGUGACCAUUGUGGCCCCACAGCUGGACAUCAACACCGUUGCUGCAGGUGGUGGCUCGAUCCUCUUCUGGCGGCACGGUCUUUUUGUCGUUGGACCCGACAGCGCUGGAGCACACCCAGGACCCGCCUGCUACAGAAAGGGAGGACCCUUGACAAUCACCGACGCCAAUCUGUUCCUGGGCCGCCUCCUUCCAGAAUAUUUUCCUAAAAUCUUUGGCCCAAAUGAGAACGAAGCUCUGGAUGUUGAAAUCACACGGAAGAAGUUCGCUGAGUUGGCCCGCCAGAUCAACGAAGAAACGGGGCAGAACAAAUCUGCUGAAGAUGUUGCGCUCGGCUUCAUCGAUGUGGCUAAUGAAUCCAUGGCAAAGCCUAUCCGAAAAGUAACCGCACAGCUUAUCGGUGACGGGAUUCCGCCCGACAGAAUCGACUAUGAGGUCUAUCUCAACCUGAGAUAUAAAGGCACCGACAAUCUUCUCAUGAUUCUGGAGCCCGCCUCGGGUGAUUUCACGUCGGAGUUCCUCACCCAGCACAAGAGGGAGUUCGGGUUCAACAAACCUGGCCGGCCUAUUCUCUGUGAGGACAUACGCGUCAGGGGCAUCGGAAAAUCUCUAUCAAUCCCCACAGAAGCUCCACAAGCAGAGCUGAAAUCCAUCGCGACGACUGCCAUCAGUACUGACAGGCAGGAUGACGAGACUAUUGUGUACUUUGCCAAUGGUGGCCACCUCAAGACUCCCGUAUUCUUCCUGGGUAGCCUCACGGCUGGUAGUAAGAUUGCUGGACCGGCAAUGAUCAUCGACGCCACGCAGACGAUUGUUGUCGAGCCUUCGGCCACGGCAACAAUCCUUUCCAAGCACGUUGUGCUUCACGUUCCCUCAGCAAGCAACAAGGAUAGCGAGGGUGCCGAUGCCAUCGACCCGAUCAGAUUAUCCAUCUUUGGCCACAGGUUCAUGUCAAUCGCGGAACAAAUGGGACGAACUUUCCAGAAGACGUCGGUCUCGACUAAUAUCAAGGAGCGUCUCGACUUUUCCUGCGCGCUGUUUUCGCCAGACGGUAAGCUGGUUGCUAAUGCACCACAUGUUCCAGUGCACCUGGGCUCGAUGGAAUACGCGGUCCGCUAUCAACACGAGACGAUGGGCCCGUCUCUCAAGCCUGGGGAUGUCAUCUGCAGCAAUCACCCUCUGGCUGGUGGUACGCAUCUCCCAGACAUCACCAUCAUCACGCCAAUCUGGGACGACGCCGGGAAGGAAAUCAUCUUCUACGUAGCGUCCCGAGGCCACCACGCCGAGAUCGGUGGGACACACCCAGGGUCGAUGCCCAGCGACAGCAAGAUGCUGUACGAAGAAGGGGCGCAGACGAUGGGCUUCAAGAUCGUCAGCAACGGCGUCUUUGACGAAGAGCGGGUCCGUCAAUUCCUCGUCGACGAGCCAGCCAGCUACCCCCACUGCAGCGGCACCCGCACCUACAACGACAACGUGUCGGACCUCAUCGCCGCCAUCUCGGCCAACCAAAAAGGCGCCUCCCUCAUCGCCGCCCUCGUCGACGAGUACACGCUGCCCGAAGUGCACAAGUACAUGCGCGGCAUCGCCAGCACCUCGGAAACCGCCGUCCGGCACUACCUCAAAACCCUCGCCGCCUCCCGCGGUUCCUCCAGCGGCGCACCCCUCACCUUCACCGACCACAUGGACGACGGCACGCCCAUCACCCUGGCCAUCACCAUCGACGCCGCCACCGGCUCCGCGCUGUUCGACUUCACCGGCACGGGCCGCGAGACGUUCAACUGCCUCAACGCGCCCAUCGCCAUCGCGCACUCGGCCAUCAUCUACGCGCUCCGCUGCCUGAUCGGCGUGUCGAUCCCGCUGAACCAGGGCUGCCUGGCGCCCAUCACGGUGCGCAUCCCGGAACACACGCUGCUCAACCCGUCCGCCGCCGCCGCCGUCUGCGCGGGCAACCCCAUCACGUCGCAGCGCAUCACCGACGUCGUUCUCGGCGCGUUCGCCGCGUGCGCCGCGUCGCAGGGCUGCUGCAACAUCCUGUCGUUCGGGACCGGCGGCCGGGAUCCUGUCACCGGCGAGGUCAUCCCCGGGUUUGGGGUUGGCGAGACGAUUUGCGGUGGCAGCGGCGCGGGGCCCGGGUGGGUGGGCGAGAGCGGCGUGCAUGUGCACAUGACGAAUACGCGCAUUACGGAUCCCGAGGUGCUCGAGCUGAGGUAUCCGGUUGUGCUGAGGCAGUUCGCGCUAAGGCGAGGGUCUGGAGGCAAGGGGGAAUGGGAUGGUGGCGAUGGGGUGGUAAGGGAGAUGGAGUUUAGGAUGAGAGUGAGUGCGAGUAUGUUGAGUGAGAGGAGGGUGUUCCGGCCGUAUGGCAUGGCCGGAGGAGGGGCGGGUGAGGCUGGGUUGAAUCUGUAUGUGAGGAAGGAGAAGGGGCCGGACGGCGUGGUGAGGGAGAGAAUCGUGAAUAUUGGAGGGAAGAUGGAGUUGGAUGUGCAGCCGGGAGAGCGCAUCAUCAUUCAUACCCCUGGAGGUGGCGCUUGGGGUGCCGCGGUGGACAAGGAAUAG